AAUGAUGACGAGCGUGUUCUGCGCCGUCGCACCGGACGGCUAGCUGGCGGUUUACAAAUCAUAUAAAUUCCUAAACGUUGGACCAUUACCGGAAGAGUUUGUUCGCAAUUUGUCACCAUACAGGAUCGCUCUCGCUGGUGGAUCGACUACGCCAAGUGACUUUUGCGUUGAACCUUAUUUGUGAAAGUAGUGAACGAUUAAGUGAUAGUUUUCUAAAGUGUCUACCAUUUGUGGAUUUAAACAUGGCCAGCCAACAAAUUGCAUCAUUAAAAGCAGUCACGUGUAUCGUGCUGUUCCUGGCGAUAGUGUGCAGCCUCGUUGCAGGCUCCGCCAUGCCGCCAUUGUGCGAGAAUAGACUGAUCGACGAGCUGCCGCCCAAGUUCCGGAAAGUGUGUGCGGCGCUAGAGAACUCGAACCAGUUCGCGGAAGCGCUGAACGCAUACAUACGGAAGGAGGCAGCUGGUAAUGCCUUUCUUUACCUAGACGAUGAUAUGCUGGUACCGGGACAGAAUGGCAAGCGAACGGAUGUGGAUCAUGUGUUUCUGAGGUUCGGCAGAAGACGCUAAAUCUGAAGGUCGCCCUCGACAAGGUGUGUCCUUUGGCCGUGCAUCCGAUUUGGUCAGCUAACUAACAUCCCCAUGGACAAUGGCACACAUGCACGCGCGCGCACACACACGCAAAGUGAACAGUUUCGUUUGAUCGUUAGCAGCGUGUAAGGUGGACGAUCGUCACAUACGUUGAAUAAGACUAUUGAGAAUUCAUGGAAAUCUUAUUCACAGCAGCUAUGCAGGCAAGGAGACAUGCAAGGAUUUAUUUUACGUUUCGUAUCCGUAGUUUGCACAAUUCGAACUGAACUCUCCAUUCCCAGACAGUGGUGCGGUCAAUAUGUAUUAUAAACAGUAUUUAACAUCUAGUCUAGUGCAGCGCGGCAAAGCAGCGCUGAGAAACAGAUAGUCUUAUGCAUUCUUACUGUGGUGUAAUUCAAGUAGGAAACCACAAAGAAUUCCAUAACUAAAAACUAGAACAAAAAAAAAAACACUUAUUGUAUUCUGUAACAUGACUGGAAAAUAAAUUUGAAAUAUUUUAUGAAACAGUGUAAAAAU